AUGGCAACUCCAGCUCCUACUCACCCGGGCCCAGAGCAUCUGGUCACGGUCAAAGUCCUCUACAAUGACAGCAAUCGACGCUUCAAGCUUCCUCUGAAAGACCUCACGGCUUAUGCCUUCCCCCGAAUGCUCAGAGUCCUUCUCGGGGUUCCCCCGGAUGUCAACGUCAUACUCGAACGCUAUUCCGACAGCGCCGGCUCUUACGUUCGCUUGGACUAUGACAACGUAGCAGUUUACAAACAGCUCUACCGAGCCGCUAAGGCCAAGUCCAAGCUUCGUAUCAAGGUCUCUCCUGUCGAAAAACCAGCCGCACCCGUUCCUUCAGAGCCCACGCUGGAGUUCAAUCAACCUCGUCAUAGCUAUCUUGAGACUGUCUUGAGCCCUGCAGCCCCUUUGACUGUCCCCAAUCUCCCUAUCGCCGACUCGGCUCAGACUUCUCACCAAGAGACACAGCUACCAUCUGGUCAACCUCGCCUUCGAAACUUCGAAAUGGAGUCAGAAAAGCACCAGUUCCCCAUCAUCUCCCACAACUCGCCCAACGGCAUGUUCUGCAUUGAUUGCAACAAGUGUGGUCGCUCGAUUGCGAAUGGCCACUAUCAUUGCAGCAUUUGCGAGAAUGGUGACUACGACUUGUGCCCCCAGUGCGUCACCGCGGGUGCGACUUGUGGUGGCGAUGGUCACUGGCUGAUCAAGCGGAUCGUCAAAGACGGUGCUGUUACCAACAGCACAACCGAGAUAAUCCCUCCUCGCGACCCCUCGACUGAGGCCCCGAUUCAGAUCAAGCGUGAAGUGAUCACCAAGCCAGUGGUUCACGUCCCUGAGUCAGUUCAAGAGUCGAUCCCUGAGCCAGCUACCCCAUCGGCCUGCUUUGAUGCAGCCGUCCAAGGCGAAGACAAGCCAAUCUGUAACGGAUGCUGUCGUGAAGCCGACGAGAGCAAUCUUGUCCGCUGCAAUGAUUGCGAAGACUACGACCUGUGCCUUCGCUGCCUUCUUCGUGACAAGCAUGGCCACCACCCCGGUCACACCUUCCACCUCGGCUCCGACCGUAACUUCUGCCUGAAGAACCUCAUCACAUCUCGCUGCCUUCCUGGCCGUCAGUUCCGCCAUGCUGCUGUCUGUGACGGGUGUGACAAGCGCAUCGUUGGCGUCCGUCACAAAUGCCUGGCCUGCCCUGACUGGGACUUCUGCCCCGAGUGCAUUUUGACCGCCUCCGAGCAUCACCCUAGCCAUCGUUUUGUUCAAAUCUACGAUGCUAUCGGCGAAGCUGCCCGUGAGCACGAAAUCCAUUAUGGAAUCUUCUGUGAUGGCCCCCUCUGCAAGAACAAGCCCGCGCAGAGCUAUAUCAACGGGGUUCGCUACAAGUGCGCUGUCUGUGAAGACACUGAUUUCUGCGCCAGCUGUGAAGCCCUCCCCACUGAUCACCACAACCGUACUCACCCGCUGGUUAAGUUUAAGACCCCAGUUCGUAGUGUGACAGUGAGCACUGUGGGCGAUGACGGCUCCAACCGUGCAGUUUCUCUGGGCGAUCAACUCCCUCCAAGCUGCAGCGAGUCCACCCCCGCGGCGGAGGAGAUCGUUGCGGAUGAAAUCGUUGAGCAGAAGGCUCCCGUUGAGAAGCAGGAGCCAGUCGAGGUUGAGGAUAACAAGCCCGUAGUCAAGGCUGAGCCACAGCCACCUGUCGUCGAGACCGAGGACCCCGAGGAGGCUGACUUCAAGGCCUUCUUCAUUCGUGACACCAUCACCGACGGUACCAAGAUUGCCCCCGACACCAUGUUCCGUCAGACUUGGACUCUAUACAACCCCGGCCCAACAGCAUGGCCUACUGGCUGUGAUGUGCGCUUCGUUGGAGGAGACACCAUGUUCAACGUUGAUUCCACUCACCCUUCCAGUGUUGAGUCCAUUCGCUCUGCAAUGGAAAGCAACAAGCUGCCCGCUCCUGUGGAAGCAGGCGGCAGCGCCGACUUCACCGUCAAUCUCCGCACCCCCAGCCGUGAGGGUACCGCCAUUUCCUACUGGCGCCUGAAACUCCCCAACGGCAUGGCCAUCGGCCACCGUCUUUGGUGUGACGUUGAGGUGCAGACUUCAGUAGUUGACACUGCUGCAGAACCCGUAACGACCGGCAGUGCCAUGAUCUUCCCCAAGCUGGAGAAGGAGUCGCCAGCGUCGAGCACUCUGCAGUUCGAGGCCCCUGCUCCCCAGGCCCCCACUUUGUCGAACUCUUCGGAGUGUGAUGUCCUGGAAGGGGUGGAGAGCCUCAGUCUUGACGAUGCUGAGACUGACGCCGGCUUUGUGACCGAUGAGGAGUAUGACGUUCUCGACGCCAGCGACCAGGAAUUCCUGGAUGCUCGGCAGAACGCGAACUGA